AAUAUUUGGUAUAGUCACGAUUCUGAUGAUAUUGAGUUCGAGCUAUGAAUUUUACACAAAGUGUUAUCAAAAAAACCCAAUUGCAAUCCUGUUGACGUUCUCCAUUUUCACAAAUGGAAGACGUCUAUUUUCUAUAAGCACCAACAAAUCAAGGAAUAACAUUGACUGUCUCACAGGAAUUCGAGUUUUGUCAACUUUUUUAAUCAUGAAUCAUCACUCCUAUACAAAUAUUCAUGGUUCUCCGAUUAUAAAUAAACAAGAUCACAUAGAUCGACUUUAUAACCCAGGAGUUUAUCUUGCCUUGAAUGGAAGUAUAGCAGUGGAUUCGUUUCUUUUUAUGGGAGGUCUGCUGGUCGCUUGGAUUGGAUUUAGAGAACUUGAUAAAACAUCUGGGAAAAUUAAUCCUUUAAUGAACAUCAUCCAUCGAUACCUUAGAUUGACUCCUGUCCUAGGAGCAGGACUCUUAAUGGCAUAUAGCGUGAACAGGAUUCUUUACACAGGUCCAGUGAUGGAUGUCCAAUUGAAUAAAAAUGGAUGUGAUAGCACCAACUGGUGGCCUGUUUUACUUUACAUUCAGAACUACUAUGUUCAGAAUACGAGGUGUUACGAAGAAUCCUGGUAUUUAGCUAUUGACUUCCAAUUAUAUGCUCUCUCACCAAUUCUUUUAAUUCCAAUGUGGAAAUGGGGGCAUAAGUUCACACCGAUCUUACUUGUAGCUGCACUGGCAUCAAUAGCUUCUGCAAUGGCAGUUUGCUUUUCUGAGGGUUAUGUUGCCCUAACGUUUGGAAAGAAUCCUCAUGAAUGGGAGAAGGUCUACACUCCGACGCAUACGAGAUGUUCAACUUGGUUACUUGGUCUUGCUUUUGGAUACUUCCUCCAUACAAAUCGUCAAACAAACUUUCACAUACCAAGAGUCUUUCAAUUUAUCGCUUGGUUGCUUAGCUUCUUUACCUUGACUGCUAUACUCUUUGGGCCAUAUUUUUCAUUGAGUGCCUAUGGUCAAGCAACAGUUUUUGAAGCAGCAAUGUACGAAGGCCUUAAACAUAUCUCUUGGGGCCUAGCCCAUGCUUGGAUAACAUUUGCUUGUUACUAUGGAUAUGGUGGAUUUAUUGACACAUUCUUAUCACAUCCAUUUUGGCAGCCACUUGGACGUUUGACAUAUGCAAUUUAUAUGAUGCAUAUAUCAAUUCAACAAAUGCAUUUUGGAAUGAUAAGAACACAAAUAUACUUUUCUGUUUAUAAUCAGUUCUUAUAUUUUUGGAGUGGGUUUGGAAUAACAAUCUUUGUAGCGAUUUAUGUAACACUCGCUUUUGAAUCGCCAAUUUUAGUUUUAGAAAAGUUUAUAUUCGGAAGGCGAAAACCAGUUAAAAAUCUAAAUACAGAACCAAAUACAGUUGUACCUCUCAGUAUUUUAAAUGACCAGGCUUAUAAAUAACUACGAGUUUUAUAUUUCAAUAUUAUAAUAUUAUUUCAUUGAAAGUCCGAUUUUGGAGAUUUGAGAUUUAAA